GCGAGCAUGGUAACUUGUCCAGCGAUCAGAGCUGCAGUCAAAUCAGUGGCACGCUUGCUGGAGAUAUGCGCCUUUCAGUACCCUGUAUUCUCAAAGAAUGGAUUGUCACUUGUGCUGUGUGCUCUGCCUCCUGUCCUGUAUCCUCCUCAGCUGCACAGAAGUGAUCCCUCAUCCUUCUAACGAAGUUAAUCUGCUGGAUUCGAAAGCAAUUCAGGGGGAGCUGGGCUGGAUCUCCUACCCGUUACAUGGGUGGGAAGAAAUUAGUGGAGUGGAUGAGCACUACACUCCCAUAAGAACCUACCAAGUCUGCAAUGUUAUGGACCUCAAUCAAAAUAACUGGCUUAGGACAAACUGGAUUCCCCGACAUGCAGCUCAAAAAAUCUAUGUUGAGCUAAAAUUCACCUUACGAGACUGCAACAGCAUCCCACUUGUACUGGGGACAUGUAAAGAAACAUUUAACCUUUACUACUUGGAGUUGGAUGAGGACCAUGGGGUCAAGUUUAGGGAGCAUCAGUUUACAAAGAUUGACACAAUCGCAGCUGAUGAAAGCUUCACACAGAUGGACCUGGGAGAUCGAAUUCUGAAAUUAAACACUGAGAUUCGGGAAGUGGGGCCCAUCAGUAAAAAAGGACUUUAUCUGGCUUUUCAGGAUGUCGGUGCCUGUGUUGCCUUAGUAUCUGUGAGGGUAUAUUACAAAAAGUGUCCUUUCACUGUGAAGAACUUAGCCAUGUUCCCCGACACUGUACCUAUGGACUCACAUUCUCUGGUGGAGGUGAGAGGUUCCUGUGUCAACCAUUCCAAAGAAGAAGAUGCACCCAAAAUGUAUUGCAGCACUGAGGGAGAAUGGUUGGUGCCCAUUGGGAAAUGUCUGUGCAAUCCUGGUUUUGAGGAGCGAGGGUUCACUUGUCAAG